UUUUUUUACAAACACUAAACGCCUCCUGGCUGCAACAGGCCAGGCGCAAUGCUCUCAAUAGUAGCUGGCUAGUUGGUUAGCUACCAUUCAUCGAUAGGCAGAACCAGGUCAAUCCAGUCUGUGCUUAGCCAAACCAGAUCAUUUUCCAACCAAAACGUAUUUAUACUGUGAGAACGACACAGGUUUGAAGUUUCGCGGUUUCUUGCAUCUCAGUAUUAUUCAGAAUAACGUGAGGCAAGCGAGUUAGCUUAGCCUGCUGAAAACUACCUGGCUUGUACGUAGCUACAUACCUUAGCACGCUAGUGGUUGCUCAGUGUAACCAAACCUGCCGCCAAAUAUCCCUCCAACAUUACUGGGACAUUGAAAAGUAACGUUACGGAAUCAGAUCUGCAGAAUGGCGAGGCCUUCGAGGAAUAAGAGGGUAGUUGAUUAUGCCCAGUUUCAAGAGUCUGAUGAUGCUGAUGAGGAAUAUGAAGGAGAUUCUGACAGACCCAAGAAGGCAGUGAAACAGAGUGAUGAGUCUCGAAUUAAAGACCAUAAGAAGGACUUCAGUGAUGACGAUAAUGACUACGGCGAGGAGGAAGAGGAUGACGAUGGUGGUGACAGUGACUAUGAGACUAAAAAGAUUAGCAAGGGAAGGCAGGCGACCGCUAAAAGGAAAAGAGCUGCAGAUGACAGUGAUGACGAUGAGAAGGUUGUGAGGAAGAAGGGCCGGCAGGUGCGGCAGGCUGCUAGUAAAGCAGCCUCUAAACAGAGGGAGAUUCUUCUUGGGGACGGAGGCAGUGAAGAAGAGGAGGGGGAGGAAGAGGAAGAUGAAGAUGACAGUGAUGUUUAUACAGGAGAGGAUUCGGGCAGCGAUGAAGAUUUUAUGGUGGAAGAUGAUGACGAUGACAGCGACUACGGGCGUCCCAAGAGGAGGAACUCGAAAGUCAGCAGGAGGAGCAAAGACAAGAAGUCCCCAAAAUCCAGAAUAAGAACUUCAGUGAGCAGGGGGCCAAAAAAGAAGAGAGGAAAGCGUCAGACUAAAGCAAAGAGGGUUGUGUCCAAAAAAGUCAUCCCUAAAGACGAGGACGAAGACGUCGAGAGCCCCAGGGAGGGAGAGGAGGAGGAAGAGAAGGAUGGGCAGGACAAGAAGAAAGGCGAGAAGAAAAAAUCACCCCCAGCCGAGAAGGCCGACGAGAGCGCCGGAGAAGGGGAGGACAACGAUGGCGAGGAGAAGGAGGGGCGAGAGAGUGAGAAGGAGAAAGGAGAAAAGGACGAUGCCUCUGAGGAGGAUGCUCCAUCAGGCGAAGACUGAUUGUCUUCUUUCUGAUGGCAGAAAAUUGUUUUACCCGUUUUUGUCUUUUCUUAUUGUGGAACAGUGGAGUUUACUUUCCACACUGCUCCGGGUGUUUUGGAUGUUUGUUUAUUUCUUUCAUCCUGUAAAUACAAUAUUUCAGAUGAACUCUCUGUGAAGUAUCAUCCACACUAUUUGCAAACAGUACCUGCACCACUUUCUCUAUAUCCAGCUUAUGGUAAUCUGUAUUAAUGUUGAGCAUUGCUAAUUUACUCCUUAUUCAGUUACAAAUUAAAGAAAGUGGUGGAACAUUUAUCGCACCGUCAAGAUAUGUUUGAUAGUGCUCAUUGAGAAACAUUUAUGGCAGACUUGUUUUGUUAAAGCUCCAUCACCACAAUCUCUCAGAAUACAUAAUUGCAGAUUUAAGUAUUGAAUAUUAGAUCAGUGAUUUGCUCUAAUGCUGGGAACGUAGAUACGCAAAUGAAUACAGUUACCUCCUGAAUAAAAUACAAGAUUAGAAAUACUGCCAUAAGAUAUCUGGUUUUUGAGGGGAAACCUUAUGCUAGUUCACCACAUAAGCAAAGCUUAUGAUCUCAAUCUGUUAAAUGCUUUUCAUUGUUGUGGGCAGGUUUGUUUUAUUGUUAAGUGAAUGUAUAAGACUUAUUGUCAUCGAGCUGCUCGGUGGAUUUGUAGAGCGCCAAAUUAGCCACAAUAUCAGUUCAGUUCCAACAUGUUACACGAAUAUGGAAAGUUUCAUCGUCUUUAACCACAGACCACCACUUUCUCUGACAUCAAUUCUCAUGUUGCGUGUAAACAUCAAUCCUGUUUGUUUGUUUUUUUUUCCCCACCACACCCCAAUGUUACUUUUUUUCUUGAAAUAUAAAGACAUGAAAUUGGAACCAUAUUUUGAAUUUUGAAACCAUUUUCAAAUCAAUUUUGCUAAAAGCUUGUGUGCUGGAAAAGAGUGGACAGUUCUACAUCACCUUGUACAUUCUCUAACAGUUUAAAAAGAUGAUAACAUUUAAAAGAUGUUAACAUUAUGAUGCUUUUACAACAGUUUUGCUUUCAACAUUUCUGCAGCUUAAACGUAGCCUAUAAUUGCAUUGUAGUACUGCAGUUCAUGGAGUGGCAUUACGUGUGUCGUGAGUUGUUUAGUUGGUGUGACAGGAAAGGUAGAGUGUACGAUGAUUUGGGUGUAUGAAUGUCAGAAAGACUGUCAGAAGUGAGCUAGUAACAACCUUAUUAUUGACUUUGUGAUGCUUCAUAUGUGUAUUUUUUAAGUAUUUUGAUGCUUAUAGAUGCCUUUCAGAUAAAUUAUCUGUGGAGCCAGUUGGGUGGUGAAGCAGAAUGUAAUUCAGUUCACACCACCCUGAGCUUUCUCUGCUUCUUUUGUCUAUUUCCAUGACUUCUAUCUUUGUCCAAUUAUGUAGCCUUUCAAUCUAUGAUAAUUUAUCUAAAAUAAAACUAAAAUAAAAAACUUUGUUUUAAUUGAGCUGAUCUGAUUUUUGAAAUAUUUGUUUUACAAGGAAAAAUAAAAUGUAUCUUGCCUUUAAA